GCUACACACUAUAUUUUAAUAUAAACUAUUUUUAAAAAAAACUAAAUAAUGCUGAGAUAAAUAUUAACAAAGUAUCAUAAUUUCAUUAAUUUAGGAAUCAGAUCCACUUUGAUUUGUCCUGGAACUUUUACUGGGGUUGAUGGUGUUAAUUGAAGAAUGAAUCUGAUUAGCAGAGGUGGGGAGGGGUGGGUGUGGCCUGUGCUGCUGUUCAUUCAUGGACUGAAUGAUGGCUGACAGUGAGGACACAGCAGCAGCAGCAGAACAGAUGGCUCACAUCUUCACUCAGGAGUAUUUUCAGAUCCCUGUGGUGACCCGAGCAUACACAACCGCCUGCGUACUCACUACUGCUGCUGUGCAACUUGACGUCAUCUCCCCGUUUCAGCUCUACUUUAACCCAGAUCUCAUCAUCAGGCGAUACCAGGUAUGGCGCCUGGUGACCAGCUUCCUCUUCUUUGGUUCUCUUGGAUUCAGUUUUGUGUUCAACAUCAUCUUUCUCUAUCGAUACUGUCGGAUGCUGGAGGAAGACUGCUUCAGAGGGAGGACGGCAGAUUUUGUUUUUAUGUUCCUGUUUGGAGGAAUCAUGAUGACCCUGUUCGGACUCUUCUCCAACAUCUUCUUCCUGGGCCAGGCCUUCAUCAUCAUGCUGGUGUACGUGUGGAGUAGAAGACAUCCGCUCAUACGCAUGAACUUCUUCGGCUUCCUGAACUUCCAGGCCCCGUUUCUGCCCUGGGUGCUGAUGGGAUUUUCUCUGCUGCUUGGAAACUCCAUCGUGGUCGACCUCCUUGGUAUCUGUGUGGGCCACAUGUACUACUUCCUGGAGGAUGUGUUUCCAAAUCAGCCAGGAGGAAGAAAGCUGUUGAUGACACCAGAACUUCUUCGAGCCAUUUUUGACCGACCAGAGGAUCCAGACUACCAUCACCUCCAAGAGCAGUCGGCUGGAGAUCUGCAGCAGGACCAGGAGCAACACAACGAACAACGCUGACACCAGCAACAGACACCAGAGCCAAAAUGUCUCCAGAAUGAGGGAGGACUUUUUGGUCAGUGCUCACUGUCUCACACCAAAGUUUGAAGUUUGGCUUUAAGGGAUCAAUAAACAAGCCAAAACAAAGGCAACUGGAUUUGUUUGAGGUUUUCUUGAAGAAGUUUCGUCCCAGUGGAACCAUUAAAUAGCCCUUUGAAAAAAUAUGGUGGAAUAACUUCAAGAAACCUCUUAUUAGUCCAGUGUCCUUGUUUGUCCUUAGUUUUUUUUUUUUCUGGAUAUGCUAUAACCUGGAUGAUGGAGAUACUUCACAGACACCGAUAUGGCAAAACAUUAUGACCAUCGAAUAUUUUGUAGGUCUCCCUUGUGCCUCCAAAGCAGUUUUGACUCAUCAGAGAAUGGACAUGGACCUUCUGAGGGUCUCCUAUGG